AUGUCGAGGGUGUCGGAGGAAGAUUUUCAACAGCCACAUGCAGUGCCACAUGAUCCUCCAGAGGAUCUUGCGAGUGCAGGUGCCACUGAUGUGUGUCGUGGUGACAAGGAAGCGGGCACAGCCGGCGUCCGAAAGAGGCCCGGCAGCUACGCAACCCACCUUGCUGGACACAAUGUCUUCGAAAGGCUAGAAGGUCGACAGCUACCUGGCGAUGGUCUUGUGUCUAGACGAUUCCAGCCGCGAUGCAAUUUACGACCUCUCAUCUUUGCACCAUUUGCCAUCUAUGCAUGCUUCGAGAAUGCGCAUCUAAAUUACGAGCUCGAGGUUGUGUCGGAAGUCGGGAACCUACCAAACUCCGCGAAUUCCACGGAUCCGUGCUUUCUGGGAAAUCGCGCUCGCGACAUCUUCACGAAGGAGCUGUACCGUCCCAUUUUUGCCAGUCAGAGCUUUCUGGGCACCAGCUUUGCCUGGUAUGGGCUCUUUCUGAUUACCAUCGCAUUCGCCUGGCUCAUGGGCAUGAGCAUCGGCAAAAAAGGUUCGAAAGAUCCGGAUGCGCCCAUAGCUUUGGUGCGCUUCUUGGAUUGUUCCAGGGCCAAGUACGAUGGAUGGCACCUCCUGGCUUACUUCGUCACCAUCACCUUGUGCUUUGUCUUUGCCGUCUGCUCCAAGUAUCUUUCCUUCAUCUCUGGCUCUGAUUGGGUCUCUUGUCUCCGGUACGGCGACUGGUCCGGCCAUGAAGAUCUCUGCAUGCCGGGACCAGUUAUGGAGCAAAGCUGGGUGAUCAUGCUUGCCUUCACCCUGAUGUCCUUCGCAGCUUGUUUGUCGGACCAGGGGGACAUCACGCCGCACCCCAUGCGUGGCCUGGCUUCUCUGUGCCGGAAAAAUUCAGACUGUGAGCCAGAGACCGAGACCGAAACGCUUCUGAGAACAGAAAUCUACUCUACCGACCAGCUGACCGCAGUCGCCAUGAGGCUGAAGGCCCUUGUUCGCAGACAAAUGCACGUCACCCGGGAGAUGUCCAAGAAUCGGCAGUCCAGCCUAGCAGAAGCCCUCCUCUGCCCGAUUAUGUCCACCAAGUGGGCAUUGGGAGGAGACGAAGAUGACGUGCCGGUGAAAGGGCUUUCCUUCUACCAAUGGAGAAUCUGCUGGAAGGAUAACAAGAUUGUGGAGAAGUCCUUCGACGCAGACUUGGAAGAGAUCUUUCGGGAUGUGCGUGGGCCCGAAACGGUGCUUCGUGCACGAGAUGGGCUUCAGGUCAACAUGAUUGGGAACACGGACCAGGACGUCUGGCAGGCUCAUCAGCACGACUUCCAACAGGCCAAGGCUGGCUUUGCGUCUUGGUUGGACGAGCCACAGGAAGUCAACAUCUUUGAGGAAUACGACUUUUGCCCCAUCAUCAGUGGCUAUCGCGGCGGUAGUCACGAGAAGCUUAGGUGGCAGAACACCACCGUCUUCAAACGAAGCUUCUGCUGUGGGGGAGAUGAUCUCGAGGAUGUGGCUUUGCCCUUCGCAUUGAAGCAGGGCAGACAAGCCGAAGAACAGUGCCUCAUGGCCCUGGACUGGGAGAAGGCCAAGAACAUGGUUCUGAUCCGCCCCCCCCGCCAGUUCCGUCCCGGCAUCAACGCGUACACCGUGUGCGGUUUUUUUGCGGGUCUCGGUGCCUUUCUCUGCUCCUGCAUCAACCCUGCUGGCGACGCCUUUGCCCUGAUCUACUUCUUCUUUGAUCAGAACCCCGAGGUGGAGAUGCGCUGCGCGGCAGACCUUCCCGAGAUCAACCCAUGGUGCUAUGCAGGGCGACCCAAGACCGUGGCGCGCACUCUGCUGCCGCCGAGCAGUCUCUUCCCCCCUGGCCGAUCCGAUGUGAUGCUGUGCUUUGCUCUCAAGGCCUUGAUUUUCGGUCUCUUGGGCAGCCUCCUGGCGACGACGCUCCGGAAGACUUUGAUGGGCUUAAAGCAGGCUCAGGACGCUCUGAGCAUAUUGAAUGCAAUUCUGAUGCGAUGGAACGGCGACCGCAGCGUGUCCAUUGCCCACAUACACACCUGGACCCGGGUUCGCGAGUCGAUUCUCCGCAAUGACGUGAAAAACAUCUUGGACCGCUACGAGAAUGUCGUAGUCAUGUACACAUGCUUCGCGCUGUACUUUGUCACGGAUGCCAGCAUCCAGAUCGUCAUCCGAAACCGCCCUCCCAGCCUCAGUGCCGGCUACAUCGUGCUUCUCUUCAUCGGCUUCUCUUUGGUUUGUCUACGCCAGGCCAUGGCUUGCCACUACAUGCAGAUGCACCAUGCCGAGACCCUCGUGGCCAUGAAGGAGGCGACCUACUGCUUGAGUUACGGAUCCGCUGUGGAGAACGUCCGGGACAUGAUAGAUGUCCUGGUGGCACGCAUCACAGGUGGCGGAGACUACCAGACGAAAUUGGUGUACCUUCCGCUGAACCCCGCGUUUCAGAAAACCUUGUUGGGCUAUGUAGGAAUUCAGUUUGUGGCAAUUAUCACGCGCCUGGCCUUCUUUUCCCAGUUCGAACGAGCAUGA